AACCACUUACUGAAAUCUUACUAAUAGCUGGUUUCUACUGCUCUCAACACCCUGCUUGUCACCCACUAGCCAUACUCCUUCCUAGUCCCACCUAUAUAUAUCUCCACACACCUAUCCUUCUCUCUCAAGAACGACCUUCUUUUUUCUCUCAAACCCACCAUGAAAACCCACCUCCUUUCUCUAGCUUUUCUCUUCUUUUCCCUAGCCCAAGGGUUGAACCCCAAGUGUAGCACCCAAGACCAAGGUUCAACCCUUCAAGUGUUUCAUGUUUAUAGCCCAUGCUCCCCAUUUAGGCCCUCCAAACCACUCUCAUGGGAAGAGAGCGUGCUCCAAAUGCAGGCCAGGGACCAAGCUAGGCUUCAAUAUUUGUCAAGCUUAGUGGCUAGGAAAUCUGUGGUGCCAAUUGCUUCAGGCAGGCAGCUUAUUCAGAGCCCAACUUACAUUGUUAGGGCCAAGAUUGGAACCCCAGCCCAGACCUUGCUCGUAGCCAUGGAUACUAGCAAUGAUGCUGCUUGGGUUCCUUGCAGUGGCUGUGUUGGGUGUUCUUCUACAGCUUUCGACUCUGCUAAAUCUACCACCUUCAAAACCCUUGGCUGCCAAGCUGCUGAGUGCAAGCAGGUACCCAACCCCACUUGCGGUGGAAGCGCGUGCACAUUCAACUUGACCUACGGCGGCUCCUCCCUAGCAGCAAACCUCUCGCAGGACACUGUCACCCUAGCCACUGACUCUCUUCCAGGCUACACCUUUGGUUGCAUUACAAAAGCCACAGGCAGCUCAGUGCCUCCUCAGGGGCUUCUAGGCCUUGGCAGAGGACCAUUGUCUCUUUUGUCUCAAUCCCAAAGCCUAUACCAAUCUACUUUCUCAUAUUGCCUUCCUAGCUUUAGGUCUCUCAACUUUUCUGGGUCUUUGAGGCUUGGACCCGUUGGGCAGCCCCUGAGGAUCAAGACUACACCAUUGCUCAAAAAUCCCAGGAGGCCGUCACUCUACUAUGUCAACUUGGUUGCAAUUAGGGUUGGAAGAAGAGUUGUUGAUAUUCCUCCUAGUGCUUUGGCUUUCGAUCCAAGCACCGGUGCAGGGACCAUCUUUGAUUCUGGAACUGUAUUCACCCGGCUAGUCACGCCAGCCUACAUUGCGGUCCGUGACGCAUUCCGACAGCGAGUCGGCAACGCAACAGUAACAUCCCUAGGCGGAUUCGACACAUGUUACUCAGUACCAAUCGUAGCACCCACCAUAACAUUCAUGUUCUCCGGCAUGAAUGUGACAUUGCCACCGGAUAACCUACUAAUCCACAGCACAGCCGGCAGCACCACAUGCCUGGCCAUGGCAGCAGCACCAGAGAAUGUGAAUUCAGUGCUAAAUGUGAUAGCCAACAUGCAGCAACAAAACCAUAGGAUACUUUUUGAUGUGCCCAAUUCAAGGCUUGGUGUGGCUCGAGAGCAAUGCUCAUGAUUUUGCUGAUUUUUCAAGUGAUCACCUUUAUAUCUUUUGCUUAUGUUAGUGUAGUUUUAUUUAUUUCUUAAUUUGUAUUAGAUGUGUCUUGUGAUGGUAAGAUGCUUUCUUCUUUUGGUUGUGGUUGAUGGGGUGGGUAUUUGGCGUUAUUAGGACUUGUUACUAACUCUUAAAGAAAGAUGGUAGCAUGUCACAGUUUACUUUGCAAGUUUUUUUUUUUUCCUGCAGAGAAAUGAGAAUGUUCUACUGUUCAAUAAA